ACAGCCAGGAGAUCCCUCCAAUCUGGUAGAAAAGAAUACUAUUCCCAUGAUAAAAAAUCAUGAAGCAUCACGAGAGCUGGUCAGUCUCCAUCACUUUGAGAGUUCUGCUCUGAAUGAGCCUUCUGAUGUUUCACCAGAUCUAAUUUUUCCAAGCUUGAAAUUUGAGCCAAGUGAGUUGCAAAGUGACGAAAGCACUCUCUCAGGGUCCGAUAGCUUGAAUAAUUUGAAGGUUUCAGCCCUUGAAAUGGAGGGAAAAUUAGAUGAAAAACCGAACGUAACGCACGAGUUAGUGUCCUGUUUACCAGCUGGUGAGAGAGAAAUGAAACCACUACUCCAGACAGUGAAAACAGAGAUCAAUACCGCAUCCAGCGAUGGAGAACACCGUCAGGAUGUGGGGUUUAAUAUGGAUGAUCAUAAAUUUGCGUCUCCUGAACACCCUUUGAGAAAAAAAGACCUUGAGACAGAUGCUGGGUCAAACGUUUACUACGAUCGAAAUUGUAUACGAUUAAAAGAUUUCUCAGUUGUCCUUGAAGAUAUUUAUUUGAAGGACACUUGGAGAGUUAGUAAAAAUGAUCAUCAUGAUGGGCCUUGCUCACAUGAGAAUUGUCGAAAUGGAUCUUAUCUGGGCAAUUCAAGAUCGAAGUUACCAUUCAGAGCAGAGAGUGAUGCAGUCAUCUUGACCCCAAAUACACAUACAAAAGAAAGCAAGAAAAAGCGAAGAAUACAGGGUGCUUGUGAUAUUUGCUCAUAUGUUUUUAAAUCUGGGCCGCAAUUUAAGAAGCACAUGUUGACACAUGGCGUCAAGAAACCAUUCAGCUGUAAUCUUUGCCCAGCGAAGUUCAGCAGGUCUGAUAAUGUCAAGUCUCAUAUGAUGAAGCAUAGUAAAUCUCGACCAUUUCAAUGCAGUGAGUGUCAGGCAAAGUUCAAGACCAAAUGUACUCUGCGCCACCAUUUAGAGGUACAUAAAGUAGUGAAGCCACCACCGGUAACGCCAACAUGCCAUAUAUGCUUCAUCAAGUGCAAAAGUAACUAUGUGCUGAAAGUCCAUUCACGAAUUCAUACUGAUGAAAGACCCUACAGCUGCAACUUUUGUGACGCUUCGUUCAGACAGUUAAGCUCUCUUCAGUCCCAUAAAGUCACUCACCUAAAAGAGAAGCCGUUCAGUUGUGACAUCUGUGGAGGCAAAUUCUCACUGAAGAGGAAUGUAGCUAAACACAUUCGAGAAGUGCACAAUAAAGAACGACCUCACAGUUGCGAUAUUUGUUCUGCAACAUUUUCGCAUCGUGGAGCUGUAAUAAUUCACAAAGAGACCCACCAUAGUAAGGAACGGUCUUAUAAGUGCAAUUUAUGCCCAGCUGCGUUCAAAACAAAGGGAGGAUUAUAUGCACACUCACAAACUCACAAUGAACAUAGACCUUUCAAGUGUGAGCACUGUCCUGCAUCAUUCAAGGCCAAAAGGACUUUGAAAGAGCAUCAGAUAAUGCACACUGGUGAAAGAUCAUUUGUUUGUAGUAUUUGCUCGCUCGCAUUCCGAUGGGAAAGCAACUUGAGGGAUCAUAAAAAAACACAUUCUACUGAAAGACCAUUUAAGUGUGAGUUUUGUACCAAACGAUUCAAGACAGUAAAGUUGUUAAAAUGUCACACAAUGACGCAUAAUGAUGAGAAACCAUUCCAGUGCGAGGUUUGCUCAGCAGUCUUCAAAAUUCGUAGAAACUUAAACUCUCACAUGGUGUCGCACAGUGAAGCGCGGCCUUUUAAAUGUGAUCUGUGUCCUGCUUCUUUUAAGACAAACAACGUUCUAAAGUCUCAUGUUCAAAAUUGUCACAAUGCCAGUAAUGAAAGACCUUUUGAAUGUGAGCUUUGUUCUAAAAAAUUCAAACAAAAACAACAUCUGAAGGGACACAUGAAGGAGGUUCACACCACUGAUCGACCAUUUAAGUGUAGUCUUUGCCCUGUCGCAUUGAAAUGCAGGAAAAAUCUUACGAUCCAUAUGCGAGUUCACACCGGAGAAAAACCUUUUAAAUGUAACCUGUGCCCAGCAACAUUCGCGCAAAGCGGUGCGGUGAAAUCGCACAUUCAGGCUGUACAUAGUGAUGAAAGACCCUUCAAAUGUGUACUAUGCCCGAAGCAGUUCAAGUGUGCUAAAAGCGUUAGACUUCACACAAUGACGCACAAUGAAGCAAGGCCUUUCAAAUGUGAGCAAUGCUCAAAAAAUUUCAAGUGCCUCAGAGAUAUUAGGCACCACAUGAAAACGCAUGCCAUAGCUUGGAAUUUCAAAUGCCACCUCUGCCAAGCCAGGUUCGUUGAAGCAAGUCAGCGCGAAAAGCAUGUACUGGAAAAACAUGGAGGGAAACGCUACACUUGUGCGCACUGUCUUGGUACAUUCAACUGGAAGUUUAAUUUGACGGUUCACUUAAACAAUACGCAUCCAGAAGUCGCUAGUUAGACAUAGUACCCUUCUGUAACCUAAGAAGAGAGCAGAAGAUUGGCAGAAAAAUUAGCAGUGUUCAAUUUUAUACUUUUAAAUUCUUAGGAAGCAUUUAGUGUAAGGCUUUAUGAAAGUUUACUCAUGGAAAAUCUUUUAUGAUAUCUACUGUUCAAAUAUUAAAAUGUAGGCAAUCCUUGUUCUUUACUUCCCACUGCUCAACCCUUCAGAAAACUUAGCAAGUGUGCAAGAAGUGGUAGAUUUUGAAUUUGAACUCUAAAGUUGAAAUUUAUACGGAUAUCAUUCUAAUUUUAAGGACCCAAGUUAAAUACUUAACCCUUUUAAGUAGGUAAUUUUCAGCAGAAUCAAGUACUUUUUCAACAAUACGUUUUAAAUUUUAUGUCCAAAUACUAUGAGAUAUGCGAAUUUAAGCAGUCUGUUGAACCUAGCAACUUUUUGGUACUAGGCAAUGGAAAUGGCAUUUUGCGAUGCCGUGUUAGUAAUCAUCAAAAAUAAGGAUAUAACGAAAAUCUAACUUUUUGUCACCAACAAAAAACAUAGGUCCAGAGCCUUGUUGUGAGAAGAAAAGAAAGAAAAGAAAAAAAAAUUAAUGUAAACUCCAACUAAGAAUUAGGUUACGAAGCCUUAAGAUAGCGAAACAAAGGGCAUACAUAUUGACAAAGCCCUAAUUUCAUUACAUCUGUGUUUGUUCCUUAAUUUAAUAUUUGAUCAUCAAUAAUCUUACCUCUCAAAAAUUUAACUUGGCCACUGAAAGUAAGGUUUGCUGGACUGGAAAAUUUUUAGGUGAAGUUUAAGCUGUGAAUGUUUAUUUCCAUAAAAUGCUUCAUUUCACUGUUAUCUUAGUCUCAAUCAUGUUUAAAGGUAGACAAUAGUAUUUAAAUACAUUUUUUGAAGUACCCUGAAGUUUGGAAGCUUCUGAUUGGUAGAAUGUAACAUGCCUCUUGACCAAUCAAAAAGGAGGAUAAUUAAAUUUCAAAUCACAUAAAUUACAACGUUUCGUCAAAUUUUAAAGCAAGAGAAAUUUUGAUGAAAAUAUGAUAAGACUUUCUUGUAAAAAUGGCUCCAUUAUGGUAGCAACUGACUAUGAAAUCAUUAUUCCUUUCAAUUUGAACCAAGGACUUGGUAGUUUGGUAUCGGAUUCUUCUCACUUAUUUCAAGAUAAAACUCUUUUAGUUUUAAAAUUAUAUAGGUACUGAAUUUUUUUGUCAAUUAAUUAUGUAAUCCCCUCCCCCCCCCAAAAAAAACUAAAAUCUUAGGUCCCUACAUAAAUAAUAUUUGCUGAGGUUAUCAUUUUACUUAAGUUUUAAGUCAUCAGUUCUCACAGAUGUCCACACCAAAUAAGUGUAAGCACUUUUAGAGUGUAACAGGAGAAUUGCCACCAUGAUGCUUUUAUUUACGUACAGUGCUUAUCCGAGGACAGCUGACCUUCUGGAGCACUCUAAAAGUGUGCACAUUCAUUUGGAGUGGGUUCAUUUAACCACUCUGGAUGUUUUACUUCCUCUUCUUUUUUUUCUUUUCUCAAAAGAAAAAAACAAAAUUUUGGUGGAGGUAACUAUGACUGCUGAGCGGUAGUCUCCAAAAAGCAGGGACAUUAGCUUUAAGUUAUCGUUGAGUGUCAAUAACCUUUGUUCUUGCAAUGACAAUAGGAGAGACUUAGGUUCUCCGAAAAUAUUUUUAAAUUUUGCAGUCUAAAACAUUGUGUAUGAUUCUUUUCAUAUGAAUUGCUAUCGUAUGUCCACUUUAUCAUGAACAUUUUUGCAAUAAAAGAUGUGUAUUAAACUGGAGUUAAAUUUAAAA